UCUAAACAAGCAAGUAAGUACAGAUGAUAUAGAUGAGGUAGGAAAAGUGCCAGGAUGAAAAUAAAGGGUUAGUGACAAGAGGGUGGAUUGAUUUUAGAGAACAUGGUCACUGACGGCUUCUCAAGCAGAGACUGAACUGUGGGUAGGAGCAAGCCCUGAUAAGAUCUGGGGGAAGGGUGUGCUGAGAAACAGCAGGUGCAAAGAUCCUGAGGUAGAAGCCAGCUUGACACCAGGGGGGACCAGGAAGAUGAUUGCUAGGGCAGGAAGUACAGUAACAAGGAAGAGGGUGAGGUCAGAGAAGCAGGUGGGAGUCCACCCGGCUCAGAGGGGCUGAGAUGCUAUCUGCUGAUGGGAAACUCGAGAGGGAAGAAGGCAGCAUCACGGCAUGAUGCAAUUUGCUUUUAGGCGGACCCUCUUCAGCUGCUGGGGUGAGAGGACUGCGGCGUGCGUCAGCCAAGCCCUGUCAGCAUAACAGAAACCACUUCGGGUAUUCCAGACCCAGGGACUUGAUACAGGAAAGAAGCUGAACUGCCAAAGGGACGGGGAGGCAACCCAGACAAUAGUAACGGCAGGAAGUCGCGACCACCCCGAGGCUGAGAACAGCGGAAGGAAGGCUUUCCAAUGCCCAGAGGCCAGGGUUACCCUGUGGGCCUGGGAUGGCAGAGGGGGCUGUCUGAAGGAGAGAGAGGCCUUCCACAGUGGGAGACCCAGAGCCCCAGCCUGCCCAUGGGAGAGAAAAGGCCCUGGCUUCUUCCCUCCUUCACCCUUCAGCCUUCUGCUGCUAACUUCCAUCGGCCGAAUACACCCCAACACCAACUGACAAGGAGUCCCGAAGUACAGCUCCCUGGAAGGCAGGGCAGCUCUGGGGAAGACUGCAGAGUGGGUCUGAGGGCAAACGGGCCAAUGGCCAGCAUGGGCGCAGGUGUGGAGGCCAGGAGACCAAUUAGGAGGAGGCGGAAACAGUCCGGGUGAGACAGGCAGCAGCUGGGACCGCGGCAGUGGCGGUGGUAAGAAAUGGCUAUAUUCAGGAUACACUGAUAGACCAGUUUGGGGUUGGGGGGAAGGAGGGCCAGUGACUUCACCAAAACAGGAGGACUGAGCAUGGACGGUGGGGAGGAACCGAGAGUCAGUUCUGUGUUGUCCCCAGGACGACUCUCAGUCCUGGGAGCGAAACUGGGGAGGCAGCUGGAUCCCCACAUCCAGGGCUCAGUGGGGAGGAAGGCGCUUCAUACAGAUGCAGGCCACCAGGGACUGAAGAGGGACUGGGUGACUUCAGCUGGGGACUCAGGCCCCAUCAAGACUCACAGCUUUCCCUGGGCCAAGCCCCUCGUUGUCCACUAACAGCAGAAAUAAAACAAAAAACAAAACCAGUGGCUGCCCCAAGGCCUCCUCUCAUCAUUAAUCCUGCACGCUACCACAGAGCACCUAUGUGUGCUCUGCCAGUCCCAGCUGAACACACCCCGUGCCAGGUCCUGUGGUCCUUCCCUCACCUAACUUACUUGGACCUCUGAGAGAGUCAGCCCUCCUGGAGGCCGGAGGGCACCUUGCUGCCCCUGCCACCACACCCCUUGUCUCACUGGUACCUUGGUUUCCCUUCAGCACAAGGGCUGAAGGGCCUGGUCGCUCCACUGAUGGGGAUGGGAGAGGAGAGCACGGGGGCCACUUCCCACCCCAGGGAAAGACAGAGCAGGGUCCCGCGGACUUGGAAGCCCACACUCUGUCCACCUCGGUCUAGACUCCAGCCUGCGCCUGCUCUGGCCCCCCCCUCCGGAGGCACCCCAGCACUUCCACCACACAGCCUCCAACUUCCAGCUGGCAGCUGCUAGGACCCAGGGCGCUGGUGCCAGGCCCUGCCCCUCCCUUGCCAGCUCUGUGUGUCUCUAAAGGGCAACAGCAGAGUGACAGCCAGUACCAUCCCCAGCAGGGGCUGAGUGCUGGGGCAGAGGAGCAGGCGGUAGUCCCAGCCGUACAAGUCUCCAUGGGGCAGUCAAAGUCCCCAGGCGGAUGGCAACAUGGGCCUGGCUGUUUAUGAGCACGGGGAGAAGCCUGAGCGCUCGAAUGGCCAACACCACAGGGCUGACCACCGCAGGCACCGCGGGCUCCGUGGGGCUGAUCCUGGCGGCCGUCGUGGAGGCGGCGGCCCUGCUGGGCAACGGCGCGCUGCUGGUCGUGGUGCUGCGCACGCCCGGCCUGCGCGACGCGCUCUACCUGGUGCACCUGUGCGUCGUGGACCUGCUGGCCGCCGCCUCCAUCAUGCCGCUGGGCCUGCUGGCCGCGCCGCCGCCCGGGCUGGGCCGGGUGCGCCUGGGCCCCGCGCCCUGCCGCGCCGCGCGCUUCCUCUCGGCCGCGCUCUUGCCGGCCUGCACGCUCGGCGUGGCCGCGCUCGGCCUGGCGCGCUGCCGCCUCAUCGUGCACCCGCUGCGGCCCGGCGCGCGGCCCCCGCCCGCCCUGGUGCUCGCCGCCGUGUGGGCCGCGGCCGCGCUGCUGGGCGCGCUCGCCCUGCUCGGGCCGCCGCCCGCCCCGCCCCCCGCCCCGGCGCGCUGCUCGGUCCUGGCCGGGGGCCUCGGGCCCUUCCGGCCGCUCUGGGCGCUGCUGGCCUUCGCGCUGCCCGCCCUCCUGCUGCUCGGCGCCUACGGCAGCAUCUUCCUCGUGGCGCGCCGCGCUGCCCUGCGGCCCCCGCGGCCCGCGCGCGGGGCCCGGCCGCGCUCCGACUCCCUGGACAGCCGCCUCUCCAUCUUGCCGCCGCUCCCGCCGCGCCUGCCCGGGGGCAAAGCGGCCCUGGCCCCAGCGCUGGCCGUGGGCCAGUUCGCAGCCUGCUGGCUGCCUUACGGCUGCGCGUGCCUGGCGCCCGCGGCGCGGGUCGCGGCGGCCGAAGCAGCCGUCACCUGGGUGGCCUACUCGGCCUUCGCGGCCCAGCCCUUCCUCUACGGCCUGCUGCAGCGCCCGGUGCGCCGGGGGCUGGGCCGCCUAGCCCGCCGAGCGCUGCCCCGACCCCCGCGGGCCUGGCACCCGCGGGCACUCCUGCAGCACCUCCGGGGGCCUCCACUGCGCCCCGCCUUCGGCACUUCUGAGGCACCAAAACCAGCCCGAGAUUUGGAAGGCGAGGAGAGCCUGAGCGGAGGCCACCUGAGAGCAGUGUCCCCCAAGCCGAGCUCACACGGGAGAAAGGAGGGGCUCUCCGAAGGGGCCCCUCCAGCCUCCUGCCACAGGUGGUGGUAGGUGCCCUGCCAGAACUUCUGACUCCAGAACAGGAGAAAGGGGCCUGCAGCCUGGUAAGGCCCAGAGGCUUCUGGGACCUAGGAAUCCUGGGUUCUGGACCCAGCCCUGCCUGGCCUGUGCACAGACAGACCCUUCCUAGCCCUCAGUUUCCCCAUCUGUAUCCUGGAUCAUCUCAAGGUCUCCAGCUUAGGUGGUUUGCAUACUCAUGGAUGGUUCCCAGACCAGGAAGGAGGGAGGUGGGCAGGGCCACAGAGAAGAGGGCCCUAACGACUCACAGCCAGAGGGAUGGGCCAGGCGGGGCAGGAUCUCGGUAACAGUCACGCAGGAGGAACUGGUGGAGACACUCAGAGGGAUCCCCUGACAUCUGCACUAAGAAGGGGCUGAACGAAGCUCCCGGAACUCCUCCAUCAGCCUCUAAAACGCCCAGGAAACCACCAGAGGCAGGAGCCUGGACAACACGAUCCCCAAAGGGCCC